AAAAUAUCCCAGUGAUGCAGGUGACAAAAUAAUACCAAAAAAUCACCUUGCGCUGGGCUGAAAGGCAAUGGAAAGCGAGAAAUAAUAGCAAGGAAAAAGUUUAAAUGGGACUAUGUAAACACGCCGUGGAACAACAAAGAUGGACGGACGCUAUGAUUGGCUCGCUGAGAGGCGGGCUCGGCGCCUCGCGCGGUGAUUGGCUGAGACCCACGUGGUGGCGCAUGGCGGCGACAGGAUUAAGAGAAUAAUCCUGGCGGCGAUACCCCUCUUGCUCGCUAUCUCACGGCUUGGUCUAGCAAGAAAGCGCUGGACUUUAAGACCUUUAGCUACCACGAACAAGGGUCGAUAUCGAAAUGCGGCCAACGCUGUUCAUAAGUAGAGGGAUAAGCCUAUUACAUCCCACCAAAAAGUGAAAACCGGUAUUUUGGCGGAGAUAGCCCUCCUGUUCUAGACGCCUCCAUCUUCACCUGCUGAUGGCUUUGUGACUGUGACAUCAUAACACUUUGACAUUUUGUAAGGACGUGGGGUAAUCAGUCAGCGGGAUUUGUGAAGUGUAGUGACGCUGGGUGGUGUGAUGAUAGUGGUCUCCGUGGCAGCCACAGAAUGUUUACUUGGCAACACGUGCAUGACGACGCGUCCUUCCUCGCCUCAGUGUAUACCUCGUCAGACGCUAGUGACGCCAUUGUAACCUGUGUGCUGCUGACUUCCUUAAUUGUUUGUUCGUAACCUGAGGAAGUUACUGUUGAAGGUGACACGUCGAGGAUGAUGACGCGGGCCGCCCUUCCUCUUAUUACAGCCUGGGCGUGGGUGAUGUGUGUGGUGCUCGGUGUCACCUGGACACCAGCACAAGGUGAGAUCACUGAUUACCGUGUCAAGUGGUGCCACUGUGACCUGGACGCGUGCCUCAAGAAGGUUCUCACGGCACUGAAAAAGAACACCACGCUGCCUUCUUGCUCACCCAAGGAACCAACGGUGGCCAGGAUUCCUGGUGCCGAGGAGAAAAAUUCUGAAGGUAACGAAGAUUCUACCACGGACAGUACCACCACACAGAACACAACAACCUUCACCACCACUACAGUCUCGACAGAAACGACGAACUCCACCGUCACGUCAGGCGGUGGUGGAGAAGAAAAUGCAACCACUCAGACUUCCACCCCAACUAUUUCCACAACAGAAACAAAUGCCAUUUCCAGCGAUACAACCACUCUCUCCACAGACACAACCACUCUCUCCACAGACACAACCACUCUCUCCACGGACACAACCACUCUUUCCACAGACACAACCACUCUCUCCACAGACACAACUACUCUUUCCAGCGGCACAACCACUCUCCCCACCUCGACCACUGACGACACCACCAUCCCUGCAUCCACAACCACAGGAGACGCCACCACGACCACUGCAGCAACGAAUGCCACUACACAAGCAGCGACAGAGGAACCUAAGACAUCUAAAAACACCGCCAGGGGUAAAGACAUUGCUACCACCACAGUGCCUGGCACCACUGUGCAAGUCCCCAUCACCACAGAAACUCCCUCCAUCACGCCGAUCAUCACUACCAUAGAUGUUGCCGAUAUUACGGAGGCUGCCACCACUGUCGAAGUUGCAACCACUGUGGAAGCUGCCACCACUGUGGAAGCUGCCACCACUGCGGAGGCCGCCGCCACCACCUUGGACUCCAGCAAUCCCGAGGAGAUUGUCAGGAGGAAGAGAAGUGUGGGAGAUGAUUUCAACGCCAACAAUGAGGACCAGCUAGAAGACAAAGAGGAAGAACAAGAAGAAGAGGAAGAAGAAGAAGAAGAAGAAGAGGAAGAAGAAGAAAAAGUUUGGUUAGAAGACAUAGAUAAUGGAAUCUACAUCUCUCGAAGGAAGAAGAGGAGCGCGAUGAGCAGCGACAGUGGGAAAGUAAUAGUGGCCAGACCCUUCAGGCGCAUAGUGGAGACCGUGAACGACAAGGGCGUGAUGUUUGACAAGUAUCACAAUGCAUCCACCUGCUCCUGCAAGCCUGGGAGCCGAGUGUCUGUGGAACUGUGCAUCAAGGACCUGGUGUUUGAAGAUUCCCUGGCAAAUAACAAAUCUGAGAACUACACUUACUUCGCACACAUCUUCGUCAAGGAGUUACGGAAGUACAUGUUGGAACUCAAAGACCAGAAGGGCAUGUAUGUGUUCCGCAGGAUGGAAAUGCCCACGUUUACCAAUCUGUCAGGCGCCACCGUCACCCAGCUCAACACUUUGGUGGACAUGACCCUUAUUCACAAUCUUGCCGCCUACUACGUCACCAUGGCCCUUGACUUGAACAUCGGGGUGACACAUAGACUCGCUGGAUACAAAACAGCGGUAGAGAACUGCCUCUUCGUGGUGGAUGUCACCCCGGAGCAGCCCGAGCCCCCACGAGAGAUGUUUUGGUACAUCCUUCCCGUCAUCGGCCUGGGAAUACUCGCGGCAUUGGCUUUCCUCCUGUGCGUGGGCAAGAAACAGGCCUUCUACGUCCGCUUCUGGUGAGGGAGAAGAGUAGAAGACACAGCAGCGUAACGAGGGAGGAGGCGAAGAAGCUGAAGGUGAAGGAACGAACAGCCACUUAUCAACUAUACCAGCUGUUUGGAGGAACGAUCUGAAGAAGGGAACAAGAACGACUACACUAUCUUGAGGAGACGCGGAACCUGAUACAUGGAGAGAGAGAGAGAGAGAGAGAGAGAGAGAGAGAGAGAGAGAGACACACACACACACACACACACACACACACACACACACACACACACACACACACACACACUCUACAUAUAUUUAUAAUUACAUUUUUUUGGAUAACUCAAAGGAAGGGAACCGUAAUAGAGAAGCCUUGAAUUAGAAGUUGAUGAUACUCGCGUGGAGAGGAGAUAUGUUUUACCUCCUUAUCUCCUCCUAACCAAACCUAUCCAAAACUAACGUAAUCUAACCCAACACGACAUGAUAUAACAUAGUAUAAAAUGACCCAAAAAAUUAAUCUCCCACUCUUCAUAUCACUUGCUAAUUUACCAGAACCACACCGUUUCAUAUUACAUCUGACUAUUUCUGUACUUCCCUUUUUUCUCUGUAUUGUUUUUCGAGAGUGUUUUCUUAUUAUCGCCAAUAUUACAUCUGGAUCUUUCUUUUACACAUAUCUCUAUUUUCUAUCACUCGACAAGAGGACAUAGCUGGACGACCAUCAUAUAUUGACACAGGAAAGAAGCGACUGGUCACGCUCACUCCCUUAGUAGGCCAAAAUAUACUAGAGUCUGGCUAUUUCUUUGAUACUUUUUUAUAUUUUCUAGUACUUAACAAGACAUAUCGAGGCAUGAUGUAUUGACAGAGGAAAGAAGUACGUGGUCCAGCACACUCCCUAGUAAGCAAGUGUAGAGUGGAGACUGAAGAUAUGUACAGUACCUAACAAGAAGACAGCGGUGACAGACGAGCCUGCGCAGUCACUCUUUUGGUUUGUUUACUUAGCUUGUCUUUAAUUUAUUCACAGAACAAUGUAGUUUCACUUUUUUUCCCCCGUUUCUCCUGGCUUUAGUUUUCUUUCAUCUUGUUUUUUCUCCUUUUUAUAUACUUGUUUAUUGUUUAUGUAUGAACGUAUAAUAUAUUAGUUACUUAAUGUAUGUGUGUGUGAGUGUGUGUAUGGUUAGUAUAUUUUUUUCUUUUUCAUAUCAAUUUACAUAUUUCUCUCGUUAUUUUCUUACAAUUGUAUAGCUUCGCUUUAGCUUUAUGUUCCUUGUUUAUAUACAGAAUAUUCAACUACAAUAUACACGUAAAACAUUUUUCUGACUAGUUAAUCCCUCUUUGUUUUUAUUUUUUUUAUUUAUUUUUUUACUUAUUUUAUUUCAGUUUUAUUUUAUGAUAUUUCCACAUGUAUACUCUAUUUUGUUCAGGUUUUUUAUCUUUUGCUUGUGUAGAGAGAAUGCUUUUAUAGUAUGAUUUUUCUCUUUACUAAUUUAUGUCCUACUUUUUGUAUUAUUUGUAUAGUCUCUUCGUUCAGCUUUGUUUCAUUUUCAUAGUUCAGUCUCUCAGUGUCCGCAGCGGGCGUGAUAGUGUAGCGGCAGUGGUCUGGUGCUCAUCAUGGGGGUUGUUUGUACGUAGUCUUGUUAACGCCCCAAGAGGUCUUUGGGUUUCCUGAUCUUGUUUCCGCCUCGCUUUGCUUCAUCCCACCCGGCACCGUCCCGCCUUACCAGCCCGCCCUUUGCUUCGCUCCAUCAAGCCCGCUCUAUGUUCAGUCCUAUAAGAAGUAUAGGUGAAGCUGGUGGAAAGAUGGAGAAGGAGGAGGAGGAGAAACAGGAGAAAGGACAGCAAGAUGAGGAACUAGAGAAGGAGGAGGAGGAGGAUUUAAUAACUAGUGUUUACCCAGCGCUAACACAAUAAAACUGCAGAAUCUGAUCUGUCUUUUCGCAGCACACGAGGAAAACAGGGCUGGAGCUGAUGGUUGGCUGGCUGGCUGGCUGGCGAGCGGGCGAGAGAGAGGGUGAGCGUCCCAUUGCCAACUAUUGGAAAACACGUGUUUAUUCAGUUAUUUUGUUAUUCAGCCCAGUGAACUUUGCAACAGUUUUCCAUUUUUGGGGAGAGCCAGAUAGAAAAUAAACACAUAAGUAAAUGCCAUUCAUGAAUGAGUGUCCGACCAUGAGAGAGAGAGAGAGAGAGAGAGAGAGAGAGAGAGAGAGAGAGAGAGAGAGAGAGAGAGCGGAAGGGGGGGAAAGGGGGGAAGAGAAAGAUUCAUCGUCAGUAUCACUCGCUCUACACACAUAAGUCCAUGUUGACACUUGCACCACGUGAGUGUAGCUUGUUUUGAAAAGAGACAGGAUUGUGACGUAACGAAACAGGCGGGGCGGCAAAACACAGACAGAAAACUCAUGAACGAGAACAGUAAAAAGACGUAAAUUACAUAACCGUUUACAUAUGAGGGUUAGUCUAAGUUAGAUUACUUUUAGACUCAUUCAUUUCAUUAAUUUCACCGCUGACUCCUUCACUGUAUAUAUUGCGACUUGGAAAGGCAUCAUUCUUUUGUCCAGAAAUAAACACUCACUGUUGGGAAAUGAAAAGAGUAAGGGUAUCCACAAAACCCAGAAAUACAGAAGACUAACAACAAAACAGCUGAUAUAAGAAACCGAAAGACGUACUAACGAGGACAACUAAAAGAGAAAGCGAAAAAAAAUAGAAACUGAAACAAUAUAGAAAACUGACGAGCAAAAGAAAUAUAAUAAAAUGAGACAGAGUUAAAAGGCAAGAAGGAGAAGAAUUGUAGGAGAAAGGAAACAGAAGCGUAGUUCAGAUAGAGCAUGAAAGUGUAACCAAGGGACGGGACGAGAAGGGGACAGCAGGUGGACGACGAGAGUGUCUGCCUGCCUGCCUUGCCUCCCGCAGCUGAGUGUCAUUAGUGAGUGCCAGGGAAGCAAGGCGGAGAGAGUCAGGUGGGUGGUAACCAUGACGACCUGGAGAGAGAGAGAGAGAGAGAGAGAGAGA